AUGGUGUCGCGAGCAGCUCUCCUGUCAUCAGCACAAGGUCUCAUAUCCGACUUCUCCCAGAAGGAACCCAUUGAUCGCCUUCUUUCGCACUUCAGUCGGACGCAUGCAUGCGAAGCGUUUGAGCAUGGAGAGCCGUGUCUAGCUCCCUUCCUAGGGCGCCCAUUCUCUGGCCUGGAUCAGAUCAGGAGGUACUUCGCCAUGCUGCAAGACUACCUAACGUACGAAAACAUGACCUUCGACCAGUUCUGCGUCGACGCCGAAUCGCGGCGCGUCAGUUGCGUAGGGAAGGCGAAGUUCACAUGGGUGAAGCCCAACCCAGGUGAUUGGAACGAAAUCUUCCACUAUUUGCUGGACUUCGAUGACUCACCAGAACCAAAGAUCACGAACUAUCAGGUAUGGGCAGAUUCCGGCGCAGCUUAUCUUGCUGGACGAGGAGAGCUUUCGAAAGUCAGAGAGAGCACUGAUACGAACAAGCUGAUGAAGUAA